AGAAAAAUACAAUAAAAUGGUACAAGAAUUAAAUCACAUAUUAGAUACAAAUCAAUUUGAUACAACAGAGUUAAACUCAUCCAUACAUUCAAUUUCAAAAUCAAAUGAUCAAAAAUUAAAACCAAUUGUUUCAAAAAUUUUGCGAAUAUUAUAUUCAAUAUAUAAAUUAAAAAUUAAAAAAUCAACUGAUAUACCAAUUAUGUAUUAUAUAUACUUUAAAGGAAAUCCAAAAGCCGAACAAGUAUUUGCAGAUAGAAAAUCCAAUAAUCGCUCCAUCCAUGUAGAUCUAUUCAGUGUUAAAAAAGGUGAUGAAUGUGUAGAAUAUCUGAAAAGAUUUGCCAAAUCAUUACUCGAAAUUUCAUCUAGGGAUAGGAUUCAAGAGUUAAUUUUUUCAAGCAAUAAUUUGGAACUAAUCGAUUUCCUGUUCACUCAUUUCCCCAGAGAUCUAUACGAAAAUUGUUAUAUAUAUUUAAAACAAAUAACAAAUAUCGAAAUACUUGACUAUUUUUUCAAAAACCAUCAAGAAUUAAUGUUCAAGGACAAUAGUCCACUUUGGAUGUACACCGACAGCAAAGUUAUUGGCCAUUUCGAAGAAUUAAUGAAGCAAGUAUCAAGAAACUUUAUGGUUAAAUGCGAUAUAAAUAAGUUUUCAAGUAACGAUCUAGGAAAAAAUCUUUUUGAAAACUUAGAAAGAGCACUCAACAACCCAGAAGUUUAUAUAUUCGAAAAAAAUGAAAAUGAUCCUCCAAACUCUAUCAAUAGAUAUAGAUCAUAUUUUGUAAAAUUGGAUAGUUCCACACAGGAUUCAGCCAUAUCAAUUUUAGAAAAGCACAUAGAAAAAUAUGGCACAUCUGAAUACUUUGAUAUUAAAUCAAUUUUAAACAAUAAACUCCAUCAAUCCUAUAAAUUAAUACACUGGAUCUUUAAAGAUUUAUCAGAUGAAUAUAUUAAAUCACACCUAUCAAACCAAGAAUUAACUAUUAAGUCUGGUAUUAAUAAAACCAAUAAUCAUAUAUAUGAAAUAAAAAUCAAAGUAUUUAUCAAAUGGGAACUGCUUUUAUUUUAUUGUGGCCGUUCAAAUUUUUUAUAUGAAAGCCUAGUAUCAAACUCUUUGUCAAAAGAACUCUUAAUACAAGAUCUACUUUAUAAUAAAAUUAGAGUCCAUCCAUUUUUAAAUUUACUUGGUUGCUUAUUAAAAUUAGAUUUCGAAAGUGAAAUUCUUUACAAUUCUCUAAAAGAAGUAGUAACUAUUUUGAAAGCCCCCGAUUUCCACCAUCCAGAAGUAUUUAUUGUUGAGGAAGCUGGAAAAGUAGUCCUUAAAAUAUAUAAAAGUUGAUCAAACAAUAUCUUUUAUCGGUAACACUGGAUUUUUAAAUAAAUUUUUUAAUUAUAUUAAAACACAAAAUAAAAUAAAACUAAAAUAUUAAAAAUU